AUGGAGAUGCUUGCCGGUCCCACACCAUAUCCUUUUGUUGGUAAUUUAUUUCAAAUCGGACUCAAGCCAGAUACUUACCCAAAGAAAAUUUUGCAGUGCUGCCGGAAAUAUGACUUCCAGAGUUUCCUUUCGUUGGUGUCUGUUUUUUUUCAGUAUCAUGUCAUAUUGAGUGAUCCGGCGGAAGUUCAAAACGUGGUCCAAAGUUAUGCGGUAGAUGUAAUAAGGGGGCGAAGAUUCAGCAUUGUAAAACGCUUUGACACGCUCUUCCAAUUAGCGCCACAUCACAGGAAGCAUCCGUACACUGGCUGGAAGCAAAGCGCCGCCCUGAGCACUCGUGAGCGCAUAAUUAACAAAAUUGUCAACCAACGUCGUCAGCAGCUGCAAGACGGCGCAACAAAAAAGCAGCAGCAGCACGAAAAACAGCAGAAACCGGCAACGAAAAAAGUGGCACGUUCGUUCCUUGAUGCGCUUUUGAAUGCGAACCUGGAUAGCAGCAACCAGCUGACCAACAAGGAAAUGUUCGAGGAGCUCUCCACGUUCCUAUUCACAGAACACAAUUGCACAACAUCAACGCUAUCUUAUACACUGUACACCCUCUCUCACCAUCCAGCCAUUCAAGAAAAGAUGUAAGCCCAGCAGCGGCGUAUUUUCGUAACGAACUCAGCCGUGCAGUUGGCGAAUGUUUCCAACAUUCCAUGUGCACAUUUAGAGCAGAUGCGCUACUUGGAAUACGUAAUACGCAGGACCCUNNGUCUGUAUCCUUCUGUGCCGUUAAUCGCACGCACCAAUCGCAAAGCAAUCGAUAUGAAUGGUACCAACAUUGCUAAACGCACAACCGUUAUGUGCCUAAUAGCCAUGAAAUACAAUGAAAAGUACUUUGAUGAAUCGACCGUUUUUCGCCCCGAACAUUGGGCGCAUAUAUUAAAUGGAGAAGAGUCGGUGGGACUGGGAGCAUUUAAAAGUCUACCGUUUAGCGCGGUACCAAGGAGGUGCAUCAAUGAGUUAUAACCCGAAAUGUAUGCUUUGUACCAGAUCAAGUCACUUCUUUCAAUGAUCGUGAGUAAUCUUGAAGUUUUGCCUGCGAAAGUUUGCUUAACCGCUGGAAAUCACGCGUAUGGAAUGCGCGCCCAAAGUGAAUACGAUGCCGAUUAA